AUGUCGAUUAUAGACGCUGUGAGUUGUAUGCUCGAAAUUUAUCUCGACCAAACAGCCCUAAGCAGCUACUCCAAAACAUUUUUCCAUUCCAAAAAAAUCCCCAGGAUUCCUAUCGGCAGCUAUCUCAAUAGGCUUAAACAAUAUAUGAAAUGCUCAGAAGAAUGCUACGUUUUAGCCCUUAUUUAUAUAGAUAGAAUUUCUACCAAACACAAUAGCUUUGUAGUGAACUCUUUGUGCAUCCAUAGGCUGAUUUUAGCCGCAGUUAUGUUAUCAGCGAAGUUUUCAGAAGAUAAAUUUUACAAAAAUUCAUAUAAAUUAUUGUAGUUUGAGAAUUUUAAAUCUGUUUAAUCUGUAAAAAGCUGUUAAAUUCUAUUAAAUAGUAUACUACGCUAAAGUAGGAGGAAUUUCUUGUACAGAGAUGAAUAGCUUAGAGCAUCAAUUUUUGAUUAUGAUUGAGUUUGACCUGUAUGUCUCUGAGAAGGAGUUUCAAUUGUAUUUAUCAACACUUAUCAAUAAUUUUGGUAUAAGCCAGAAUGAGGUUGAAGAUGAUGUAAAUAAAAAUCAUCAGGAAAUAGUCCAAGAAGAGUUGAUAGCAAAAGUAUAG